GAACAUUUCUAAUGCGUAACGUAAACCGGCAACGAGCCGCCCGUUGUCUGCCCAUGUUGUUCGCCGGGUGGAGUUUGGUUAUACAGUCCGCAAGACAAAGACAAGUGAUUGACCAGUGGGAGCUUACUGUACGGGAGCAGUACGUAACGUGAGGUCUCUGUUCCACUGAGCUGCAGAGCCCCAGGACCUCCACCAGACAAGGGAACCACCUGCUGUGCCGAGUUGUUUCAUUGUUUACAUUGCUGUCGCCGGCGGGGAGGCUCUCCUGGAAUAGCUCAGGACAUCUGCACCGAGGACCUGCCUUUAUUUAAUCGCAACUGCAUUCUUACUCCUUUUUUUUCCUGGAAUUUAAUUCAACUGAGUUCCUGAAACCGAUUGAUGUUGAAAAUAAUGAAAUUCGUUGAUAUUGCCCAAGGGGGCAACGUCAAGAUGGUCCCUAGUACUUGUAUUGCUUCUCUGUUCAGUGUGAGAAGCUCCAUCCCCUAGUUAUCUUGAUGAAGGUCUUUUUCUGACCAAAGAUAAGGGCCAUUUGGGCCAAGAGGUGGAGUCCUGUACCUCCUCUGCCAUCCGAUCUCAACUAUCUGAUAGAUUUCAUCGCCCUCCUGACUUCAAGAUGGAGCUCUUCUUCAACCCUUUUGACAACUUGGUGUGUAUCCUGCUGGGCAUCUCCCUCACCGUGUGGUUCACCCUGCUGCUGGUUUUCAUUAUUGUGCCUGCCAUAUUUGGGGUGUCCUUUGGCAUUCGACGUGUCUACAUGAAAACCUUAUUAAAGCUCUUUGAGUGGGCCACACUAAGGAUAGAGAGAGGAGCGAAAGAAAAUAAUCACCACUUGCACAAACCGUACUCAAAUGCUAUCAUUGCCAAGGAGCCCACCUCCUUGGAAGAGGAGAUAAAGGAGAUCCGGCGGAGCGGCAGCAACAAAGACCUGGACUCAGCCUCCGAGUUUGAGAUGUCUGACAUCUUCUACUUUGCUCGGCGAGGAGUGGCGAGCAUCAUGGACGAUGAGGUGACCAAGCGGUUCUCCGCUGAGGAGUUGGAGUCCUGGAAUCUGCUGACCCGCAGCAACAACAACUUCCGCUACAUCAGCCUGAGGCUGACUGUCCUAUGGGGGCUGGGCCUGCUGAUCCGCUACAGCUUCCUGCUGCCUCUCAGGGUAACGCUUGCCUUCACUGGUGUCGGCCUCCUUGUGUUCCUCACCUGUGUUAUUGGGCUGCUUCCCAAUGGAAGGUUAAAAAACUUUCUGAGUCAAAAAGUCCAUUUGAUGUGCUACAGAAUAUGUGUCAGAGCUCUGACUGCCAUUAUAACCUACCAUGACAGUGAGAAUAAACCCAAAAAUGGAGGUAUCUGUGUCGCCAACCACACCUCACCCAUUGAUGUCAUCAUCCUGGCCAGCGAUGGCUGCUAUGCAAUGGUUGGUCAAAUUCAUGGUGGCUUGAUGGGGGUCAUUCAGAGAUCCAUGGUCAAGGCCUGCCCUCACAUUUGGUUUGAACGCUCAGAAGGCAAAGACCGACAUCUAGUGGCCAAAAGAUUGAGUGACCAUCUAGAAGAUAAAUCUAAACUGCCUAUUCUCAUUUUCCCAGAAGGUACCUGCAUCAACAACACGUCAGUUAUGAUGUUUAAGAAGGGCAGUUUUGACAUUGGUGCCACAGUCUACCCUGUCGCCAUUAAGUAUGACCCCCGCUUUGGAGACGCAUUCUGGAAUAGCAGCAAGUUUGGAAUGGUCAGCUACCUGUUGCGUAUGAUGAGCAGCUGGGCCAUCGUCUGCAGUGUGUGGUACCUUCCUCCCAUGUCUAGAGAGGAGGAUGAGGACGCCGUACAGUUUGCCAAUCGUGUAAAGGCAGCAAUAGCCAGGCAAGGAGGACUGGUCGACCUCCUGUGGGAUGGAGGCUUGAAACGAGGAAAAGUAAAAGAUACCUUUAAAGAAGAGCAGCAGAAGCUGUACAGUAAAAUGCUCGUGGGCACCCAAGAGGACCGCAGUCGCUCCUGAAGGACCUGUGUGGAGGUGGACGGCCUCACUUGGGCACCUCUGACUAAAUAGGCAGUCAGCAGCUCCCUCUGUAUUGGAGCUCUUGGACUGGAAAAUUCCCUCUCUGAUGUCAACAGUACUCCAUUUGGCUUCCUCGGUCACUGCCUCAGACAGGCAUGUUCAGUUUUUGCGUCGCUGUUACAGGUCAUUCAGAGUCUGCUGCCCUUUGUUGGAAUAGCUUGACUGAAGCCUUGCUUGCGUUAGAAUGAGAAUAAGGUGCAAACUGAAAAAGGAGCAUUGUCUUCCAUGUUGGCAGUCUUUAGAGGGAACACUUGUAUUAUCUAUCAUUGAGUUUCUGUCUUUGUUUGGUAGUUUGAAAUUUUUAAUUUUUUAACGUCAUGUUUGUAUCACACUGUUAACGUUACAGAGCUGAUCAUACCCGGGACAUAGAAGAGAGUUGAUGAGAACGGAUUUGUUCUUAAACUAAAACCUGUGAUUGAGUUGGGGAUUUGCAUGACUGGCAUGUGCCCAUGAUUUAGGGCACGAUGCCAGAUUUUGUUACAUUUUCAGAUAUUUUUAUGGGCUUUUUCCAAGAGAAACAAAUUGUAUUUUAAGCUUUGUGUUUUACAUCAAGACUUGUAUCAACACACGUGGUCACUAUAGGAGUUACAUUGCCGUUGAGCUCCUAUAAUGUUAUCUGUUUCUUCUAUGGAAUGUGUAAAUGAUCACAUUAUGAAAGGGAAAUCGUGCACCCACAGUUACUCUGAAGGCAGAUAUUUCUUAAUGUUCUAGCACAUAAUACAGCAUAACUGGAGUAAAAGGGUUUAUAGUUCAUUCAUUGACCCUUUGGCACACAGGUAGUGAUGUAAGCUAAUGACCAUCACAGUUUAUCUCCUGACUAAAACAUGGUUAUAAUGACUAUCUGUAUGUAUUCAUACUAAUACACUUCCUAACAGGCAUCAUGUUCUACCUUUGCUUCCUGCCUGUGCAGUGACCAUGUUGCCUAAUUUAUUUGAAGUAAACACUAAAAGCUAUUGUCUUUAUUUCCCCUCUCAUCAGUGAUCUUUCUAACGGUUUGACCGCCUCGUCAAGGAGCUUUUAAGAAGGGUUCCGCUGUAGUUUGGACUCCCUGUUGAGCAACACAGUUGGGCAGCUUUGGGAGUUUCUCCCUAAAGCCCCCAUUCCUCUAGUUACCAGGGACAGUUCUUUAGAUCGUGUUGAAUCUGUUCAUCAAAAUAAAUGUUCAAGAAUGUGUCUCUACC